AUGGCCUCUCCAAGCCAAACUCAAGGCUCUGCGCCAGCCACCCAACCUCUCACUCCACCCGCAGAGUCAUCUUCAGCAGCCAACGGCGUCACCGCACCGGCCGCAUCCCAGACACCCGCCAUGCCAUCCACAGCCCCUACCACAUCAACCUCACAACCACCGCCCAUCCCAGGAACAUCCCUCCAAGACAGCGGCAAAUCGCGACGCCCGCGCGAUGUCCGUCUCGUACAUAUGCUCCUCGCCUCACUCGGUGUAACAGCCUACCAAGACCGCGUGCCUCUUCAACUCCUCGACUUCGCCUACCGCUACACCUCCAAUAUCCUCCAAGACGCAGUGCAUCUUGCAACAGAAGGAUAUGCCAGCGCUGUUGAGGGCACAACGGGAGGAAAAGGCUCGUCAUCCGCGGAAGUCAACAGUGUCUCAUUGCCUGCGCUGCGGCUGAGCAUUGCGUCGCGACUGCAUUACCAGUUCCAGACUGGGCUGCCAAAGGAGUUUUUGAUGGAUGUUGCAUCGGAGAGGAACCGGAUUGCUCUUCCUGGUGUUUCUAGGGGAUUCGAUGCUGCUGCUGCACCUAAUGGGGCGGCUCCGGGGUCUGCGAAUCAGAGCGUCAUGAUGGCGGGCAUGCGGUUGCCGCCUGAGAGAUUCUGUCUUACGGGAACUGGGUGGAAUUUGAAGGAUGAGUGGGAUAGUGAGGGCGAGGAGGAGGAAGACUUGCCUGAUGCGGCUCAGCAGCAGGCCAUGGAGGGUGCUGGGGCUGAGGAGGACAAUGAAGGGGAUGAGGAUGAGGAUGGCAAGAUGGAGGAUAUCUUCGGUGAAGAUACGGCUAUGGGGGGAACGGGCGAGGGAGACGAGGACCAGAAGAUGAAUGAUGCUUAG